AUGCCGCUACAGGAAGACACCCUCCUAGAAGUGUGGACAUCAGACAGCAGCCAUGAGGAGGAAGAAUCAAGCUCCAAGGUCCAGCAGCAGCUCAAACAGCCACCUGCCAGGAGACAGAAGCUGAGGAAGAAAAGGCCAGAGACCCCCGAGUCCCCCUGCCCCUCGAGAUCCAAGACCAGGAAACCUGGAGGCAGGCCGGGGCGGCGUCCUCCUCGGGAGGAACUGACCCCGGAGCCGCCACCAAAUAUCUAUGCCAAGUUCAUCAGGGACCCUGAGGCCAAGAAGCGGGAUCCCCGGGAAACCUUCCUGGUUACCCGUACCCCAGAUGGGGAAGACGAGAAGGAGAAAGAAGAGGAGGAGGAGGAGGAGGAUGAAGAGGACAAUGAGGAAAGGAAAGAGCAAGUCUCUAUACCACCCCAGAAAUCCUCUAAGGCCAGGGCUCCUGUGGAUGCAAAAGACAAACGACCCCAAAGGCAGAGGGGGGACCUGGGGAGCCCAGUCCCCCCACGGAAGCCUCUCCGUGUGAAGAAGAAGGAGGCGCCCGCAGAGGAAGGGACCAGGCUGAGACGGCUCAAGAAGAAGGGUUCCGGAGAAGCUGAGGAGGGCCCCUUGGUAAGCCCCCCCACAGAGAAGAAGAUUCCUACCUCCUUGUUUCUUGUUGGGGGAGACAACACAGUCCCUGAGAAAGCUUUGAAGAAGAAAGGCACUCCCAAAGGCUCGAAAGCAGAGAAGACGGAGGACGAGGAUGAGGAUGAAAAGGGAGAGGUAGCAUCCUUGGGGACCAAGAACAGCAACCAGAAGGGCCACACAAAAGGAAGAGGCAAAAAGAAAGCGAAGGAGGAGAGAGCCCCGUCCCCCCCAGUGGAAGUGGAUGAGCCCCGGGAGUUCGUGUUGCGACCUGCCCCACAGGACCGAACUGUGCGCUGCCGGCUGACCCGGGACAAGAAGGGCAUGGACCGAGGGCUGUACCCCACCUACUUCCUGCACCUGGACUCGGAGAAGAAGGUGUUCCUCUUGGCCAGCAGGAAACGUAAACGGAGCAAGACAGCAAAUUAUCUCAUCUCCAGGGAUCCCACCAACCUGUCCCGCAGUGGGGAUGACUUCGUGGGCAAGUUGAGGUCCAACCUCCUGGGAAACCGAUUCACGGUCUUUGACAACGGGCAGAACCCGCACCGCAGGGCCAGCAGCGCUGAUGUGGGCAGCUUGCGGCAGGAGCUGGCCGCCGUGAUCUAUGAAACCAACGUACUAGGCUUCCGGGGUCCCCGGCGCAUGACCAUCAUCAUCCCUGGCAUGAACACAGACAAUGAGAGGGUCCCCAUCCGACCCCGAAAUGCUAGCGACGGGCUACUGGUUCGCUGGCAGAACAAGGCCCUGGAGAGCCUCAUCGAGCUGCACAACAAACCGCCCGUCUGGAACGAAGACAGUGGCUCCUACACCCUCAACUUCCAAGGCCGCGUUACUCAGGCCUCGGUCAAGAACUUCCAGAUCAUCCAUGCAGACAACCCGGACUACAUCGUGCUGCAGUUUGGCCGCGUGGCCGAGGACGCCUUCACGCUGGACUACCGCUACCCGCUGUGCGCGCUGCAGGCCUUCGCCAUCGCCCUGUCCAGCUUCGACGGGAAACUGGCCUGCGAGUGA